AUGGCGGCGCCCAGUGCAAAUUGCGAGGAUGAGAGGUACUGUAUGGCACUGUCAGCCUACAAUCGUCAACAUAAAAAAGAUAUAAAAGAGUUUAAACCCCUUCAACAAAAAGCCUUAGAUGCUCUGGUGGGUGGGGCUGAUUGUAUCUGCUGCUUACCAACUGGGUUUGGAAAAUCUCAGGUUUAUGAAAUGUUACCUUUUGUAGACCCAAAUUCACUGGUUGUUGUUGUUGUGCCUCUCAAUGCAAUAAUUGCACAACAAAUUCAAAAGCUUGGUAGUAUGGCUAUUUGUUUAUCAAAAGGGAAGGAUUUACCAACAAAUCACAUUGCUGAUGGCACAGUAAGAUAUAUAUUCACCCAUCCAGAGGAUAUUCUAAAUAAUCGAAAAAUUACAGAUUUCUUCAGACAGGAUAAUGUAAAAAGACUCAACACAUAUCUAGUGAUUGACAAAGCACACUUUUUGAAAGAGCUUAAACAUAUGGGAGCUAGCUUUCCCAUCACAGUAAUCUACUGCAAAUCAAUACAAUGGAUUGGCUACGGCUAUGAAAUGGCAAGACAGAUCCUAGAGGACAGUUUUUAUGCUGGAGAGAAAACACCAGAGAAUGCCAGAGUAGUAAUGUUUCAUUCCUCUAUGGAAAAUAGCAGUGGGAAGUUGAAGGACAUGAUCUUGGGAAAAUUACAGACCCCACCAGAAACAUGUUGUUUAAGAUUGGUAUUUGCUUCAGUGGCACUGGGCAUGGGUGCAGACUUAAAGCACAUACAGCGAGUAAUACAUGCAGGACCACCAACAACAUUAGAAACCUAUGUUCAAGAGAUUGGUAGGUCCAGACGUGCUGAAAGUCAAGCACAGGCUAUUUUAUACUUUAACAACAAUGACCUGGCUGUAGCACACAUGCAGACAAACAUGAAGGAAUACUGCAGAAGUGACAAAUGCAAAAGAUUACUUAUAAAUGAAUACUUUGGUUUCAGCAACACAAGUAAACCAAAAAUCUGCUGCAAUGUUUGUCAACCGGACCUUGGCCUUGAAUGGAAAUUUACACAACUGUCUCUUUACGGUAUUUUACCGACAUAA